CGAGUAGGGAAGGUCAGUAGAAGUAGCGGGAGAUGGUGUCGAAGGUCUUCUGGAAACCGAGAUGUCCUGCGGUCUUGGCAUCGUGRUGCUCRGCCAAGAGCUGAGUACGGAGGCCUCGUGCGUCGGGGAUGCAAAGUCGGCGAGUGCCUUUGCGGGCUUGGCGUGGAGUGAUAUCUUUCUUGGAGAGGAUGGAGGAGACGAUGGUGUUGUCAGUGCGGAUGGUGAAGUACUGCCCGUCGAGGUACGGGCGCCAGACUGUGAGGGCGUGGAUCACGACGAGGAGUUCCUUCUCGUUGGAGGGGUAAUUCAUCUCCGCGGGAAGGAACUUCUUGCUUGCGAAGGCGAUAGGGUAUUCGCCAGGUGGAGCCUCGGGGUGAGUGGGCGAGUCCUUGAUGGAGGGGGUCUUGGCGGUGUCGCGGGGGAAAUGUUGGGACAGUACGGCUCCGAUGGCGAAGUCGGAGGCGUCAGUGGUGACAUAGAAAUGGCGAGUGGGGUCGGCGAUCUUGAGGACAGGGGCCGUGGUGAUGGUUUGCUUGAGCUCAUCCUUGCGGGUGAGUUCGUGGAGAGGGUAAGAGAUCUCGAAAAAGUUGCGAAUGAAUGGGCGGUAAUAGUUGGCAAGGCCAAGGAAGGAACGGAGUUGGAGGAGGGUCUUGGGUGGGGGGUACUCGACGAGGGCUGUGACCUCCGAGGGGUCCAUACGGAUGCCUUUAGCGGAGACAAUAUGGCUGAGGUAUUCGACGCUCGAAGCGGCAAACGUACAUUUGCUGAGCUUGGCGUAAAAUUUUUGCUCUCGGAGGAUCGCGAGGACUUGGCGGAGGUGCUGAAGGUGGGACUCGAAGGUGGGGCUGAAGACAAGGAUGUCAUCAAGGUAGACAACGAUACAGACUUCGAGGAGGUUGCGGAAGAUGUGGUUCAUGGUGGAUUGAAAGGUAGCGGGGGCAUUGGUGAGUCCGAAUGGCAUCACGAGGAACUCGUAGUGCCCGAACCGAGAGCGAAAGGCAGUCUUGUGAGUGUCCUCUUCGCGGAUACAGAUCUGGUGGAAGCCACUACGAAGGUCGAUCUUGGUAAAGAACUUGGCUCCACGGAGACGAUCAAGGAGCUCGGAAAUCCGAGGUAGGGGUACUUGUUCUUGAUCGUGAUCUGGUUCAAGGCGCGGUAGUCUGUGCACAUGCGGAGUUCCGAAGUUCCACCUUUCUUGACGAAAAGACAGCUGGUUCCGAAGGGGGAUGAACUUGGCUUAAUGAACCCUUUUUCAAGGA